GUGGAAUUCACGAGGCAAGUCGGCCAAGAGAGUUGUUUGUACACUCGACCUACCUUCUUCCCCCGAAUACAACGUACGGUCAUUAUAGCUGUAUCUAGACUGGUAUACCGCCGACAUGGUUUACUCGUUGUCGCCGCAAAGCCGAUAUAGCAUGAGGUUGUUGGGUUGGUUUGAGGAAAAGGGGAAUGCUUUCUUGUGCGCGGCUGUAUCGUUGGUUGCCUUGGAGUUGGACUCUUUGGGAUCAGGCCUGUCCCCCAAAUUUUUCCGGUCUGCCCUAGUUCUCGCUGUUGUUAUGGCUGCCUCCAGGUUUGUGGUUUACGUCGAGUCUACGUGCUUGGCUGGUAUGUCCUGCGCUCGGAUUCGAUCUCGGGGCCUUCCGGAAAUUCAGCCUCCCCUCUCUUUUGAUGAACGAAUCUUAGAAGGUCGAGUGAUAGUGCGACGCGGUGUAUUUCGGUUCUGCACGCUUCUGCGAGUUGUUGCGUAUAUCGUCGAGAUUGUUUUCAUCUCCCCUUAUAGAAUCGGUUCGGAUUUCGAUUACCGCGUUUCUGACGGGAACAGGAUGGCGGACGAUGUCCAAGAAUUCCAUGGUGUUGUCUUCCUAACGGUAGCCGCCCACCUCUUUUACACCACACUUCAGUUCAUUGUGCCUUACUUAAUGGCUUUCCGCGCAGGAGAGCGAGCAAUGAUUCAGCGAAUAGAUGCCUCUGGUAACGUUUCGGAAUCUCGUCGGAGUGGAGGUCCAUUUUGGGAGCGGCUAUGGAGGAAUCAGAGAGAGAUGGAGUUUGCGGUAAUUUACGAGCGCCACCUCCGUGAGCACCCCGACUUCACCGCGGAGGACGUAAAGAAUAAUGUCGACACAUGCGGCUUGCGGGCGUACUGGUUUCACGACUAUCGCCGACUGCUGCAAAUGGUUCUGCUCAACUUACCUUCUUUGUCUGUCAAGUGCUGUGGAUGGAGCCCGGAAGAUCCGCUUUGGCAGGACCGAGGGAAGCUGACAAUGGCAUUGGAGGCUCUCCAUGAGCUCUCCGGGAUCCGGAAUACUGACGUCGGGCCUGAGAUGGCAGACGUCCUUCAGGAUAUACCCCAGGCAAGCCGCUUCUCCCUCGAUGUGGACGUCGGGCGAGACCUCCUCACAUCAAGCGCGGAUCAGGUUCUGCGAGGGGUGCUUCGGUCUGCAACGAACGCCGUAGGUGUUAAAGAGGUCCGUCUCGCUGCGUCCAUCGUCGAUCGGCUGGCUUUGGGCCGUGCGGUGCUCCCUUGGCAGCCCUGGCGAGACCAGCAAGAUGCGGAUCAGGACAGGUAUAACCUUUAUGCUUAUAAUCAUGUCUUCGCGGGGUUGCUGUUAGAGGACCUGGUGGAUCUAGUGGAUGGGUGUGAAGGCAACCACGGGACUAGCGCCAACACAGUGGCUGCCGCAGAGGAUGGAAAGCAAGAGGUGGAAGGGAAGCUUCGUCUCCAAGAGACGGCUCUGUCUGCCAUCUGUUCCUUUGCACAUGCUGCCAGCGAGCUGCAUGCACACAGAGGCUGGCUUAGGAAGGAGCCUGAUGUACCCAGCUGCAGAUUUUGUAAUGCUUUCACCUCGCUUGGGCCUGGGGAUUGGCCUUUGGAGACGCCCGUACCUGACUUCACCAAUCCGGAGAUAAGAAGGUUCAUUGAUACCAUAGUGGAGGCGUUGAACCGGCCCCCCCUUGCCGGGAGGCUCCUCCUCAACUUCUUGAAAGUAGGGAAGCGGAAGCCAUCCUUCCAGAAGCUGCUGGCGGACUCCAUUCGGAUCUUAGCCUACCUGUUGUGCCCGAGGAUGGUCUACUGGCAUAGCUUCGAAAUGAGGCUGAAGGAGUUUCCGGACCCGCUGUGCUCCAUGGAUAAGCUACCAGAUUCAUCCAAGGUAGAGGCUGCUCUGCGGGGGUUGGUGCGCGACUGCUGCGAAAAGAAACACAAGGCAUGUCUCUCCGCUUUCUCCACGCUCCACCUAGCCAAGAUCUUCAUCUGUCAGAAUGUUCGAGACAUGGAUUGCAAUGUUGCAGGUGUCCUGCUCCGAUGUCUCAGGUAUUGCCGUCGAGUGAGUGGCAGCAGAGAGAUUGAGUGGUUUGCCUGCGAGGUUUUGGACACCCUGCGCGACCUCAUCGCCACUUCUUCGCCCUCAGAUAAGAGGGUCAUAUGUAACGCAAUCGCCAGCCCAUAUAAAGAGUGGGGAUGGCACUUUCUCCUGAAGAUCGAAGAUACCAAGUUGGAGAAUCAUCGAUCAAGGGGCCUUCCCAACCCUGAUAUCACUCCUGUCAUCCAGGAUACGAAUCCGAGUUCUGAUAACAACACAGGGACUUGGUUUCCUUUCCAGCAGAGAUGUGACGCAUCCGCCGUUGGACUCGCUGCAGAUGUACUCGAGGAGUUGACGAACGACCAGUAUUUGGCAAGCAGAAUAAUGGCUAUCGUUUUUGAGGCACGUUCCAGGGUGCCUGGCUGGAAUUGCAAAGAACGUCAGGACUCAGUCGGGACAAGUAUGGAAACCGUUGAACAGGCUAACUCCCAGACGGACGGCGAAAGGUCCGUCACGGUGAGGGAGAGACCCUUGCCUGGGGACACGCCCAACGCAGAUGACCGGAAUCCAGUCAGCACAUCCAUCCAGAGAGCGGAAGAGGCAAGUGUCAAGAUGGCAAGCGGAAGCUCUGUGAGAGAAACACCCUCCUCGACUGAACACUCGCUCCAAGAAGAUAGCCGGAUUUCUGCGAGCAGGGCUACGGACAUAGCUGCAGAGGCAAGUUCGGAGAUGAAAAGCAGAAGCUCCGGGAGCAGGGCACCCUUGCCUGAGCAAUUGUUCGAUGAAGAUCACUGCAGUUCGGAGAGGAAUUCAGCGAUCAAAACUACAGAAAUAGAGGAACUGGCAAGCUCAGAGAUGGAAGGAGGAAGCUCCGUAAGUGACGCGCCCUUGACCGAAGAGUAUCGACGGGAUUUGUUAGUCACAGCUAGGGAAAUAAUCGAACAGGCACGUUCCAAGAUGGGAGGGGAUAGCCUCGCGAGCGACACGCCCUUGCCGGAAGGCUUGCCCGAAGAGUACCGCCCUGCAUGGAACGAUGCCUAUACUCGAGACCAAGCAUGGCGCACGAACUUUGUAGAUUGCCUGAGGCCCGAUGCGCUACAGGUGUGCCACGUUCUACUCUGCCGUGUGCGAGUCGAAAGAGUGAGGCCGCAGGACUCGUUCUUGAAGAGAUAUUGGGCGACUUUUUCCCUACGGGUAAUAGAGCCAGCCGGGAAUCCUGCUUGGAGACUGGCUUGUACAGUCAAGGAGAGAAUUUACGACAACUGUUACAGUGCCGACACGGACGGCUAGAGGGGUUAGAGGACGCUGUCCACACUCUUCUCGCACUUCGAAAUGUCACUCGCCUCCUCCGGCUGUGUGUUUGUUACAGCUAUGCUGAAGAGAAGAUCUUAGGCGAGGAAAAAGCUUUGAUUAACAUCCUUGGACGACUCCUACUGGUUCUUCGAUACCGCCCAGGCAUAUUUAAGCUCCCAACUCAGCUGGGAUUAGACACACUGUCUGACCGUUGCAUGUCCGACAUCAGGUCGAAUAGCGCCGCUGUGAUUGAAAAAUUGCUCUCCCUACUGGUUCAGAAUCGUGAAGCCUGGGCGCAGCAAUUCCUUGAAAGUUGCUGGGAACACCUCCGGGAGUGGAAACAGAAGAGCCAGGAGGAAGGUGGCCCAGAAUCGUGUCCAGAUUCCGAAGGGUUAGUCCAAGUCAUCAACCAGCACUCAGGCCUCUUCCAGGGUCCGGUACAAGAGGACUACGCAGUACUCAUACAGUGUCACAAAGACUUUGAGGUCAGCCCCGAACAAGCAAAUUCUGCAAUGGAUCCCAAGAUAAGACUCACGAUGAGGACGCCUAAUCAACCCCGCACUGUGUA